AUGGGUCCUACAAAUGGUGGCGAUGAUGCAUUUGCAGCGUGCAGUUUAAACUUCACUUCAUUCCCCUACAAACCUAUGGGUGGAUGCACCCACAUUGACGAGGCGUUGGGCGACUGGAACGGCUACCCUAAGUCGAGUUGUUGUCAACACGCGCUGGCCUUUUUCGCUCACGCACUCGCCCUCCAUGCAGCGGGUGGCGCCAUCUUCAUCCCCCGCUCGCAGUGGAACGACUGCAGCGGGCCUCUCCCGCUGCAGCCGGGCGUCUCAAUCCGCACAUGCGGGUUUGACGACUUCUACUACGGGAGCAGCAAAUGCUCCACUCUACACGUGACACGUAUCGAUGGACACGUGGUGGAAAGGUGCUCCCUUUUUGGAAAUUCCUCGUUUGACGAUGCAUGUGGGAGUUGUACCUCUGCGAUUUCAGAUGAAGUUGAGAAUUUGUUGGCUGAUCUGGAAGCUCAAGGGAGUCAUGUUGAAGAAGCUGUGUGUCGUGUUGCUGUUGUUGUGGCACUCAUGGCUCGGACGCCUGUGAUUGGGAGUGCUGAUCUCCACAACUGCUUGCCUGCUUUGACUGCUUCAGAGCCAGCCGAGAACUAUAUAAAGCUAAAUGAUGGCGUAGCGGGGGCCCUUUUCGCAGUGAUUCUGGUGAUUCUUGGCCUCGGCGUGGUGAUCAAACACGUUGCCAAGAAAUCAAACGAGGAGAAGAAGAUGAUGAAGAAGAAGAACAAAGUAGGGCUGAGCAAAGAACUGGCGACAAAAUGCUCAGGCCUCUACCGAUUCUCCAUAGAAGAGAUCGAGAAGGCGAUGAGCGCAGAGGGGAAAUUACUAGGCCGGGGCAGCGCCGGGCAGGUCUUCAUGGGUCAGCUGCCCAGCGGGCAGCUCGUCGCUAUCAAGAAGCUGUUUCAGAGCAACACAUCAGACUCCUUCGCGACAGAGAUCGACGGUUUGUCGAGGGUUCGGCAUCCUAAUCUCGUGUGUCUGUAUGGCUGCUGCGUUGAGGAUGGACAACACUACUUGGUCUAUGAAUACUGUCCCAAUGGGAAUCUUGCUGAGCAUCUCUUGAGUAAAGAGUGCGUGCUAACGUGGGAAUUGAGGGUGAGGAUUUUGAGGGAUUGUGCAGCGGCUCUCAAAUAUUUGCACUAUCACUCGAGUGGAUGCAUCGUUCACAGAGAUAUCAAGUUGACCAACAUUCUGAUAAGCGAUGAAAUGGUGGCAAAGCUGUCUGAUUUCGGGUUAGCGAAAAUGCUGGGGAUGGAAGAGAGCAAGGUGUUUACAGAUGUUCGAGGAACCAUAGGUUACAUGGACCCAGAAUACAUAGUAAGUGCGAAGCUGACAUGCUCGAGCGACAUCUACAGCUUCGGCAUCCUCACUCUGCAGCUCUUGUCUGGCCAGAGGGUCUUCCAACUUGACCUCAAUGCCAGGGACCAGCUCACCACAAAGGCAAAAGAUGUGAGCGCCGGAUUAAGGCCAUUAUGGGAGUUCCAAGAUCCUCGAAUGGAAGAUGUCAACACUUUAGACAUGGAAUCCAUCUUGCAAAUUGCAGUCUUGUGUACGGCCACUUCCAGCAGGGGUCGUCCCACCAUUGAUUUGGUCUUCGAUGAAAUCGACAGAGCUUGGAGAAACACUCAAUAUUCAACUUAAUUAUACUAUUAUACU